AUGCUUGUGACGAAAGUAGAGCAGAGCGAAGUACGCCAAGUCGUAGACGCUUUUAAAUCUGAAGGCACAUUUGAUAAACUGAGACGAAAAAUUUUCACCUCAAUCGCUGCUACUGAUCGUUACCAAAGGGUGGCAUUAAAUGCUGAAGAAAUUGUUGACGAUUUAUUGAAAACAUCUGCAUCAAAUCUCACUAAAAACAAUGCACUCGAUAUACUCAGGAAGAAGCUUUUUGCUCUUAAUAGUACUCAGUAUGGCAUUAUGAUCACUGAGGGUUUGGAUGCUGGUGAAACAUUAUGUAGCUUAUUGGAAGAAAUUGGCCGCUAUGUUGAUUCUUUUCUUGGCCUAACAAAAAAGGAACUGCUUGAAAAUGUACAAUCGCGGCAACCCGUCGAAGACCAUGAAGUUUGUGAUAUGGAAAUAGAUUCGGAUUCCGAACAAAGCCCUCAAACUAGUUCGACCAAAGAGACUCCUUUAUCUGAUAUAGCUCUUCCACCAACUACUUAUCCAAACCCAAAUUUAUCCUCGACAGUGUCAUUUCCUCAUGCGGAGCAUGUUAAGGUACCAUCUGUUCGAAACACAAUAAGUUCGUACGGAAAUUGUAAUUCUACGGCCAGUACCGCUUACGCUGAGUCGACAAAUGAGAUAAUAACUGCUAAGUCGAAGUCAAUGCUCAAACAUUCUGAAGAUGGGAAUAUUGAAGCUUCGUUUACCUCUUACCAAGCACAAAAAAUCGUCACGAAAAAAUUUUAUUCUAAUGCAAGGGAAGCAGUAGCAUCCAAGCAGUACAUGGCAUCAGCUGUGCAAUAUCGUACAAGGCGUCGAGGCAAAGCUUGUAAUGGAGAUUUUGUAUACUACUAG